GGUGGAGGGAGCUCCCUCGGCAGCCUCGCUAGGAGCAAUUCUAGAGGGUGGAAUCACCCGCUCUUUCCGGGACGCGCGGUACCCCUCCCGGAAGGCACCCGCGAAGGCGCGGAGCCGCCUGCAGGGGGCGCGGGCCGCCGGGCCACCCCCGGGGCUGGAGGCCGGUGGUCCCUCCUAGCCCGGGAGCGAGGCGAGGCCGCGCCGCUCGCUCCCUGCCCCCACUCUCACCUCGUCACCUCCCCGCCCUCUCGGCGGGCCCCUGAGGCGUGCGGCGCAGGCGCGGAGCGCGGCGGUGAGUGCGGCCGCGGAGCCUGGGCCCGGGGCGUCGCAGGCUGGGCGUCGGGCGCGCGGGGAGGGAGUGGGGCCGGCCCGGCGGAGCGCCGGGGAGCUCGAGGACCAGAGAGGCGGCGCCGCCCGCGCGCGCCUGCGGGCAGGGCUGCGCUACCCCUCCGCCCGCGCUCGGGCUUCGCGGCCGCCGCCUCGCAGCUGCGCCUGGGCUGGCCGGGCGGGCCCCGGGGACUGGCAUAUUUCACCGUCUGUGAAAACUUCCCUGUAAUUCAGUUUUCCUCUCUCCAUUAUUAAGAAUUACACCAAAUUAAAAAGAUAUGAAUGAAUAUCCUAAAAAAAGAAAAAGGAAGACUUUACAUCCUUCUCGUUAUUCAGAUUCCUCUGGAAUAAGCAGAAUUGCAGAUGGAUUCAAUGGAAUUUUUUCGGAUCAUUGUUACAGUGUUUGUUCUAUGAGACAACCAGACUUAAAAUAUUUUGACAACAAAGAUGAUGAUUCUGAUACAGAGACAUCAAAUGAAUUGCCAAAAUUUACUGAUGGAAUCAAAGCCAGAAAUAGAAAUCAAAACUACUUGGUUCCCAGUCCUGUACUUAGAAUUCUAGACCACACUGCCUUUCCUACAGAAAAAUCUGCUGAUAUUGAAAUUUGUGAUGAAGACUGUGACUCCCCUGAAUCGGUCCACCAGCAAACCCAAGAGGAGAGCCCCAUAGAAGUUCACACUGCUGAAGAUGUUCCAAUUGCUGCAGAAGUACAUGCAAUUUCUGAAGACUAUGAUAUAGAGGCAGAAAACAAUUCCUCUGAGAGUCUCCAAGACCAAACUGAUGAAGAGCCACCAGCUAAACUUUGCAAAAUUGUUGACAAGAGCCAAGCUUUGAAUGUGACUGCCCAGCAGAAAUGGCCUUUACUGAGAGCUAAUAGCAGUGGCCUCUAUAAAUGUGAACUUUGUGAGUUCAACAGCAAAUAUUUUUCUGAUUUAAAGCAGCAUAUGAUCUUGAAGCACAAGCGUACUGAUUCAAAUGUGUGUCGAGUAUGCAAAGAGAGUUUCUCUACCAACAUGCUUUUGAUCGAACAUGCCAAACUUCAUGAAGAAGAUCCCUACAUAUGUAAAUACUGUGAUUAUAAGACAGUAAUUUUUGAGAACCUCAGCCAGCACAUUGCAGACACCCAUUUUAGUGAUCACCUUUAUUGGUGUGAGCAAUGUGACGUACAGUUCUCCUCAAGCAGUGAGCUCUACCUGCACUUCCAGGAGCACAGCUGUGAUGAACAGUACUUGUGUCAGUUCUGUGAACAUGAGACGAAUGAUCCAGAAGACUUGCAUAGCCACGUGGUAAAUGAGCAUGCAUGUAAAUUAAUAGAGUUAAGUGAUAAGUAUAACAAUGGAGAACAUGGACAGUAUAGCCUCUUAAGCAAAAUCACAUUUGACAAAUGUAAAAACUUCUUUGUUUGUCAAGUAUGUGGGUUCCGGAGUAGACUUCAUACAAACGUCAAUAGACAUGUUGCUAUCGAACAUACUAAAAUUUUCCCUCAUGUUUGUGAUGACUGUGGGAAAGGCUUCUCGAGUAUGCUAGAAUAUUGCAAGCAUUUAAAUUCACAUUUAUCUGAAGGGAUUUAUUUAUGUCAGUACUGUGAAUAUUCAACAGGACAGAUUGAAGAUCUUAAAAUUCAUCUAGAUUUCAAGCAUUCGGCCGAUUUACCUCAUAAAUGUAGUGACUGCUUGAUGAGGUUUGGAAAUGAAAGGGAAUUAAUAAGUCAUCUUCCAGUCCAUGAAACAACUUGAUUGUUCUCUUUAACUUCCAUAAUGUUGAUGUGAAAUAAUAAAUUCAACUAUUUUGGAAAUGUUAAAAUGGAUGAUUUUAAACACAACUUGUGAGAAUUGUCUUUAACAAGAUCUUUUUAAUUGCCAGUUUUCUUGGCAUUGCUGCCUUUUCAGUAUAUAGUUGUAUCCUAAAUGUGGUAUUUUCAA